UUUAACAUAACAAAAUAUAUUUUAAAAAGUUAAAAAAAAAUAAAUAAAGAGAAAAAAAAUAUUAAAAAAACACACAAUCAACUGUCAAAAGUUUAAAAAUUGAAGCAAAUAACACAAACAUAUCUAGAACUAUGUCUUUUUACUUUAAAUCAACAGUCAAAUGCAUGAUUUGGCGCUAAAAUUUUGAAAGCCCACCAAACACAAGCCAACGACCAAACCAAACAAACCCAUUUCAAAUUCAGUUAACUUUUUAGCCUCCAGGCUGAGAGAGUCAUGCCGGAUCUGCCUCCGAUUCAAUGCGUCACACAAGUCAUUUCAGAGUACUGCUACACAAACCAAACUCUCACUUUUUCAAUCACCAACCCAAUAAUUUCACUACAAUCCCACAACAAACAAGUCACCCACUUCUAUGCUCUGAAGCUAGUUCAAAUUCAGAGCGUCCUAUGUAUACCCAUCUCCUUCAUAUAUGUAUGCAACAAUGCAAACAAAUUCAAUCCCGCAGGCUGUUCGACGAAAUGCCCGAAAGACUUGCUUUUGCUUCAAAAGCCAGUAGGAUUGUCCAUGCACAUGGAUUGAAACUUGGGUUUGGAUCGGAUGGGCAGUUGGGGAAUUCCAUUGUUGAUUUGUAUGCCAAGUGUGGAAAUAUGGAGUUUGCUGAGAAGGCGUUUAAUGAGCUUAAAACCAGAGAUGUAGUGGCUUGGAAUUCGGUUUUGUCGAUGUACUCGAGGCAGGGAUUGUUGGAACGGGUGAUUCGGAAUUUUGGGUCCAUGAGGAAUCAUGGGGUGUCACCAAAUCAGUUUACUUUUGCUGUUGUUUUGUCUGCUUGUGCUAGAUUGAUGGAUGCUGAGCUUGGGAAACAAGUUCACUGUGAUGUUAUUAAGAUGGGGCUUGAGUUGAGUUCCUUUUGUGAAGGUUCUCUUAUUGACAUGUAUUCUAAAUUUAAUAAUGUGAUUGAUGCUCGUCGGAUAUUUGAUUGCGCUGAGGACCCCGAUACAGUUUCUUGGACUGCAAUCAUUGCUGGGUAUGUUCAAAUUGAUUUGCCUGAGGAGGCACUAAAAUUGUUUGAAGAUAUGCAGAAGCUAGGUCACUUCCUGGAUCAGGUGGCAUUUGUGACUGUCAUAAGUGCCUGUAUGGGGCUAGGGAGGCUUGAUGAUGCUCGCCGCUUGUUUUCCCAAAUACCAAGCCCGAAUGUUGUAGCAUGGAAUGUGAUGAUUUCAGGGCAUGCCAAGAGAGGCUAUGAAUGGGAAGCCGUCGAAUUUUUCCAAAAUAUGAGGAAAGCUGGUGUUAAAUCCACAAGAUCCACAUUGGGUAGUGUUUUGAGUGCUAUUGCAAGUUUGGUGAAUCUUGAUUAUGGCUUCCAGGUUCAUGCUCAGGCUACGAAACAGGGGUUAGAUUCUAAUGUUUACGUGGGAAGUUCUUUAAUUAACAUGUAUGCCAAGUGUCAGAAAAUGGAAGCUGCAAAGGAGGUGUUUGAUUAUCUGGAUGAGAAGAAUGUUGUUUUGUGGAAUGCAAUGCUUGGAGGUCAUGCACAGAAUGGUUAUGCCUCUGAAGUCUUGGAGUUAUUCUUUCGUAUGAGGAAUUUGGGUUUCCAUCCUGAUGAAUUUACCUAUACUAGCAUUCUAAGUGCUUGUGGUUGCUUGAAAAACUUAGAAAUGGGGCGCCAAUUACAUUCUUGUAUAAUCAAGAACAAACUUGAAGCAAACUUAUUUGUUGGAAAUGCAUUAAUUGAUAUGUAUGCUAAAACUGGGGAUCUAGAUGAAGCAAGGCAACAAUUUGAGCUCCUGAGGAAUUGUGAUAAUGUUUCUUGGAAUGCAAUUAUUGUUGGGUAUGUGCAGGAAGAAAAUGAGGACGAGGCUUUUAAACUGUUUUGGAGAAUGAACUCCAAUGGUACUGUACCUGAUGAAGUGUCCUUGGCCAGUAUACUCAGUGCUUGUGCAAAUCUUCGAUCUCUUAAUAAAGGAAUGCAAGUACAUUGUUUAUCGGUCAAAUAUGGUUUAGAAACUAGCCUUUAUAGUGGAAGCUCUCUUAUUGACAUGUAUGCCAAGUGUGGGGCCAUUGGCACUGCAUGUGAAGUUUUUGUUUCCAUGCCUGAGCGGAGUGUGGUUUCCACAAAUGCUCUGAUUGCUGGAUUUGCUCAAAACAAUUUAGAGAAAGCAGUAAACCUGUUUCAUUUUAUGCUCUCUGAAGGUUUGAAGCCAUCUGAAGUUACCUUUUCAUGUCUUUUGGAUGCAUGUUGUGGACCUUCUACUCUGAAUCUCGGAAGGCAAAUCCACUGCUUUAUACUGAAAACUGGGCUUUUAUAUGAUGAUGAUUUCUUGGGUGUCUCUCUUUUAGGCAUGUAUAUGAACUCCCAUGGAAAAACAGAUGCAAAUAUUCUGUUCUCAGAGUUCUCAACUCCAAAGAGUGUGGUAUUAUGGACUGCGAUCAUUUCAGGGCAUGCACAAAAUGAUUCUAGUGAGGAGGCUUUGCAGUUCUAUCGAGAAAUGCGAAGAUUUGAUGCCAUGCCAGACCAAGCAUCAUUUGUGAGUGUCCUUAGAGCAUGUGCCAUCUUAGCUUCUUUGAGAGAUGGUAGAGAGAUCCAUUCUCUCAUUUUCCAUACUGGUUUUUACUCCGAUGAGUUAACAGCUAGCGCAUUGAUAGACAUGUAUGCUAAAUGUGGGGAUAUGAAAAGUUCAGUGCUAGUUUUUACCGAAAUGAGUAGUAAAAAUGAUGUUAUUUCUUGGAACUCAAUGAUAGUAGGAUUUGCAAAAAAUGGGUCUGCAGAAGAUGCACUUCGGACCUUUGAUGAGAUGAAACAGACCCAUGUGAAGCCCGAUGAUGUGACUUUCCUUGGAGUUCUCACUGCAUGUAGUCAUGCAGGAAGGGUAUCUGAAGGCCGCCAAAUCUUUGAUAUUAUGGUUAAUUGCUAUGGGAUUCAACCAAGAGUAGAUCACUGUGCAUGUAUGAUCGAUCUUCUUGGUCGAUGGGGCUUUCUUGAUGAAGCACAGGAGUUCAUCGACAAACAAGAAUUUGAACCUGAUGCUAUGAUGUGGGCCGCAUUCCUUGGCGCUUGCAGAAUACAUGGGGAUGACAUAAGAGGGCAGUGGGCAGCUGAGAAACUCAUCGAGUUAGAACCCCAAAAUUCUUCUCCCUAUGUGUUGCUUUCGAAUAUAUAUGCUGCAUCGGGCAACUGGGAUGGGGUUAAUUCUGUGAGGAGAAUGAUGAAAGAAAAAGGUGCGAGGAAGUUCCCUGGAUGUAGCUGGAUUGUAGUGGGACAGAAGACAAAUCUAUUUGUUGCAGGGGAUAAAUUUCAUCCCAGUUCUGAUGAAAUACAUGCAGUGUUGAAGGAUUUGACAGCAUUGAUGAAAGAUGAGGGUUAUGUUGCUAAAAUUGAGUAUUUUCUCCACAUGGAAGACUAAGAGAGUGGCUCUUCUAUGAGGAGGACAAUGACAGAAAAAGGUAUGAUGAGUUUCGCUCAAUGUAGCUGGAUUUUGGUGGGAGGGUUUUUUACUAAAUUGAAUUUUGUAUUUUUUUUCCCCCUCCGCAUAGAAGACUAAGAGUGUGGCUCUUCUCCUGUCAAGUCACUUAAGCAGAGACCAAGCCAUCCAGUGAUUCCAGUCGAUGAAUGGUGGCACAGGAUAAAUUUGUGUAGAACUCAUGUGCUCAAGUCUGGAGGACAAUUUGUCUAGAAAGUGAGGGUAUCAUGCAAGCAACUCCAUUUUUUAAAGUGGUCGAACGGCUCAAACCCAACAGACAUGCAAAGUGACUCGAUGGCCAUUGUCAAAAACCGAAGGCAGGGAGUGAAGCCCAUUUUUGGACAUCACAUCACACAUUAUGUAGUGAAGAAUUUCACAGUUCUGGUAAUGGUACUGCAUGUUACUCCUAUGUAUGCAUUCCGGAGUGACGCUCAUGCCACAAGUGGGUACCUGGACUGACAAUGCAUCAAUUCCUGAUUGUAGCUUAUGUAGAAUGAGAUACUUUUCUCUUAUCUGCUUUCACAGGACAGGAUUACCCUUCAAUGAAGAUAGAAAUUUAGAUUUGGGUGUUAUGUUAAGUUACCAACUUUAUCCAGGAAAUUCCUCAAUCCCCCCCCCGCCCCCCUCUUCCUCUAAUAGUUGUUGUGGGUUCUAGUCACCUUGUUCCACUAGUUCAUUUCCACCUAUUUAUUGUGCAUUGAACAUGUGCAAAUAAAUUCCAUUACUUGAAGCAUCACUUUCUUGGGGUUUCUGUAAAAUUUCAAUUACCAAUAAGUUUGUUUAGUGACCUUAUGCCUAUACUUAGAAGUAGAUAAAUUUGAAAAAGAAAAUAAAAAAUUGUAAUGCAUAGCCGUAAGCGCUUUGUUUAAUUGCUGAAAACUAUCCUUGCCUGUUUCAGUGCCCCUUUUUUCCUUUUCUUUUUUUUUUCAUUGGUCUACCUAUAAAUUAAAACUCAAACCUGUAAGAUAAAGUAGCUCUUGAAAAUUCUGUACAAACCAAACCAUUACAAUGUAGUUAUGUAAAUACUUUGAUAAGAGUAUCAAGAAAAUUGAAGCACAGUUCUAACCAGUCCUUCCCAAAUUUUACGGGUGGAGAUUGCUUAAAGCGAAUGAAAGUUAGUGACAUGUGAAACCUACAUUCCCACAAAGAUACACCGUCCAUCAACCAAAUAUUCAUAUCUUAUGGUCUAGGAAUAAAAGCCUCCUAACAUGUAGAUUUUAAGUGUUCUCCAAAACAAUCAAUGAAAACAACUAUGCAUAUCGUAGCAUGAGUGUCAAGUCUCAGGAAACUUGGAAGCAUUGUAGGCACAACAUUAUCAGAGCCUUCACUACAAAUAGGUACCCAGAAACACUUCCUUCACCACAUCAAGCCAUUCCAAAACGUGAAUUUUCACAACAUCCAAAUGGCCUCUCCUCUUCCUGACCUUGACUUCCCACAUUUUCCUGCCCCACCACCUCCGGCAGUGAAACCCCCGCCACCACCUCGCACCAUUCCUCCUCCACCUCCCCAUAUCAUUCCGCCACCACCUCCGUCGUCACCGCACCAUGGUGGCUCUACUGUUAUAAUUAUCAUUUUUGUCUCGUGUGGUUGUCUCCUUCUCCUUGCAUUCUUUGCGAUUGCUCUCUUUUGCAUCAUCAUCAAGAAGAAGAAGAAGAAGGAGAAGGUACAAGAAACCGAUAUUGUACAUGUUCAUGAACACUUGAAGGUGAAGGAGGCUGUUGUGAAGGGACCUCGUGGAACGGAAGCUAUGACGCUAGCGAUUGAUGAUGAUGUGGAUGUUGAUGAAGAGAUCCGCAAGGAGGAGAAAUUUAAAGGUACACAUGCUAAACUUAAAUCUGCAGACGACAAUCCUAGUGCCAUUGAGGAAGGAGUAUCCACUUCCCAUUCAAGUCAACACCAUCUGGGACCCGAACCCUGAUUAAGGACUGCUCUAUGAUCUUUUCUCUUCAACCUGAAGACUUUAUGCUCAUUUGUAUAGAUAUGGUGUAAUAAACACAAUUGGAUUGGCAUGUACUGAUAUGGCUUUGUAUUUGUUCUUUUGUAUUUUCCAUUAUCAUUAUUAUAUUAUAUUCCUGGUUGUUAUGGAAA